AAGGUGAAAUGUAAUAAAAAGGAAGAAAGAGAGUGGAUCGGAUGCGACUGUGAAAGUGAGAAGACAAUAGAAGAGUAGAGUAAAGUGUGGGAGAGUUUGGUGGGUAAUAAUAAUUAACCUUCCACACAGGGUCCUCUGAGUCUGAGUGUGAGUGAGUAUGAAUAUGAAGCCAAAGAAAACGUGUUAAGCACAAAAAGCCAAUUCCUACAAACAAAUUCCAAAUCUCAAUUCUCCUCUGCUCAACAGUCGCGGUAGCACCAAGUAAAGUUAUUCACAUAGAUAUAGAUUAAAUUUUAUACGUUGCAGCUUCCACUUGCUCCUCUGCAUCUGUUCGAAUGGUGGUGUUUGGUUUCUUCUUGAGGUAAUUCUUGGUGCAGGAGAUAGUGUUUUGAGGUAAAUUAAGUGAAUUUUCUUCAAUUAGAAUGGGGAAAUAAGCUGAUAGUUCAAAUUCUGUGCUUGAAUCUGAAUACACCGCCGACAAUUCAUCAAUGGGCAAAGAAAAUGGGUCAGCAACGCCGAAGGAAGAAGGCAGUGAUGACGGUUACUCAAGUCUUGAGACUGUUGAAUUAGAAUCUCAGUCACGACCUAGCUUAGAGAAGGACACAGGUUUGCCAAGUUGUCGCGUGUGCCAAUGUGCCGAAUCUGAUAAAAGGGGAGAUGCUGCCCUAGAAUUUUUGGGCAUCACUCCGGUGAUCAAAGCUUGUAAAUGGAAUGGGGAAGAUGGGGAGGUAAGAUCAGAAGGCCAGGGAAUUCAGAAAAAUAUGUCUUUUAACAAAAAUGUUGGAAACAAAUCUGGGAUGGUGGAAUUUGUAGGCCCUAAUGGGGAGGUUUUCAUGUGUAGAAGUGAUGUGGAGAUUGGUUUGUCUCACCAAGAUGCAUUGAUUGAACUUGGUUGCUGUUGUAAGAAUGACCUUGCUUUAGUACACUAUGCUUGUGCACUCAAGUGGUUUAUUAAUCAUGGAUCAACAAUUUGUGAAAUAUGUGGACACAUAGCCAAUAAUAUCAGAAUCUCUGACUUCAACAAGGUUGUUGGUUCUCUGAAGGAAUAUGAAGCCUUGAGGGAGAGAACUGUCAGUGGGGAUCCUGGUCCUCAUGUUCAUGCGAAUAAUAAUACUGGCGUUGAUCCUGACGCUGUGGCUGCUAUCCGGAGGCAGCGGCUAAGUGAGAUUGCAUUAUGGUUUUGUCCUCAUAAUACCAGUAGUAUAAACAACAAUAGCAAUGCCGACACAGUUUCACAGGUGGCUUCUGAGCAGCCUUCAAAUUUUGUUACUGAAGAUGCUGGCCUUGCACAGAGUCCUGCAACCAAGUGGGCCGUGGAAGGCACAGGGAUCCUGCUUGCUACUGGCCUGCUUACAAUCACCCUUGCGUGGCUGAUAGCUCCCCGAGUUGGAAAGAAAACAGCCAAAAGUGGUCUUCACAUCCUACUUGGAGGUGUUUGUGCUUUAACAGUGGUUGUUUUUUUCCGCUUUUUUGUGCUUACCAGAAUCAAGUACGGACCUGCACGUUAUUGGGCAAUCUUGUUCGUUUUCUGGUUUCUUGUGUUUGCAAUAUGGGCUUCACGGACACAUGGUGCCCAUACAACGUGAUUCCUUAGUACUUAGUAGUUAGUACAGCGCUAUAGAGUCUUGUUUUGUUUUUCAUUUCUCUUGAGCCUUUCAAUUGAAAUUCAUUUAUGACCGGGUCUAUUUCAUAGUAGAUUAUUAUCAUUAUCAUUAUUACUAUUAAAUGUAAAAUAGCUAUAACGUUGUUUGUAAAGCUACAUUUCUUUCUAUGAGAUCGUGUUUAGUUAUUUUGAAGAACUAAUAAAAAUAAAUUUGAAGAAAAAUAAAUUUUCGUUGUCUUGUAAUUAACUUAUAGCUUUACUUUCUUUGAUUGAUUGAAAUACAAGCCAUGGAAAUUUAAGGGAAUCAGUUGAGAGAGCAUAAAAGGGAGGAUUCGAGAUCCAAAUCAAAGGGUGGCCUGCCGUACCUAUAUUUGGCGCAUAGCAUUGGGCCGGAUACUCUGUUUUCGGCUGUAAUUGUAAUACAUCAUCAUUAGUCAUUAUGAUAAUGGAUUAUAGAGAAUUAAAUAUCUCCCCAACCGAAACACUGCUAGCAUUUAUGGUAAUGGAGCGAAUAAUCAUAUCGGACAAAGUUUGACAUAGACAUAUAGUGGAGUUAUCAAUUAUCAUAGUUAACGAAUGAGCAUUGUUGGUUUCCACAAUAGAUCCUUUGAAUCUUGUUUGGUAGUGUGAUUCAUUACUUAAUUGUGGUGUGUGAAGUGAAGGUGAACCAAACCAAAAUGAAAUAUCACUUUCCAUUUCGUCUUAUUUUGAGGGAUUGGGUUGUGGUUUGUGAGUGUAUGAGGGGUCCCUCUUCAUCUUCCUCAUAACCACAUAAUCAAUACUGAACCAAACAGUAACGAG